AUGGGCGGCAAGGUUGAUGUUUACCUGGACAUCGAACCAGGAGCUCCUCGCAGCGCACGGGGUCCAGAUAGAGUUCGUUGUCGCUCUCCUUUCCUCCCUAACGCGGUCACCAGCCCUGACACCCUUGCCUUCAUCAGCAUCCACCCAGUCCUGCUCGGCGCCAUCAACGCCGCUUCGGGAAACAAACCACCAUGGGCCCUUCCGGCCAAGGCAAAGUACGGCGACUUUGACGCCCGCCGGUCCACAUUGCGGGUGGGCAAGCCCGACAUCACGAUGCCCGACAACUUCAUGGAGCGCAGCAUGACGGUCCGCAUCCUCCGUGUCCUGCACGUCAUCAAGUCCAGCUACCCGGAAGCCGUGUACCAGACGGCCUGGCACUGGCUCCUUCAUUGCUUCUGGGAGCCGCCGACCCUCAAUCUCACCAAGCCCGACGUCCUGGACCAGGCCUUGGCCGACACGCCCGCGCAAUAUCCCCAGGUGGGCGCCGGGGGCAGGCUGUUCAGCGAGGCGGAGGUGCGGAAGAUCCUGGAGGGCGCCGCGACGCAGGAGGCCAAGGACGCGGUCAAGGCGAGGACGCAGGAGGCGAUCGAGCGGGGCGCGUUCGGCGCGCCGUGGUUCUGGGCCGUCAACGACGCGGGCAAGGGGGAGCCGUUCUUCGGCAGCGACCGGUUCCACUUCCUGUACGACCAUCUAGGCGUCCCGUACCAGGACAUUGCCAUCCUCCCGCCGCAGAAGAGCAAGCUGUAG